AUGUUUUCUUUUAGAAAUAUCAGUAGUCAAGGAUCGAAUGCUGGCAAAAAAACAUCGGAACAUCGAUAUUCUCUAUCACAACCGAUCGAAACAAACGAUAGCGCAGAUGAUAACCAUGAAAAUGACUCAGAUUCGCAGCAGUGCGCAUCAACACAGCAAAUCCCUGAACCGGAACGUGCCCGCGAUGAUGGCCUUUUGAAGAAACGUCGUGGACGUCGUGCAUUGGCUCCGCCAAAAGUUGCUGAUGAAUUUUUCGGAGUGUAUUGCUUGAUCAGUCGAAGUCCCAAUAAAUAUUUCAAGGUGAAUAUCAGAUGA